CAAAUGUGCUAGAAGAGAAGUGGGAGACUUUCAGAGGAGGAAGUAAAUCGUCUGGAGAAGAAUAAUUAAAAAAUUUAAUUACUGUAAUGACCAGCAGUUGAAGAACAUGGCAUCCAACAAGGUCUCUGUAGUUCUACAACCCUUAGACAGUUCUGAAUUUGUCUCUGCACUCCGUUCAUUCCGCAGAGUGUUGCUGUCAUGUGUGGGACCAGAAGGUGGAAUCAAAAUUGUUAUCUCAGGAGCUGGUUACACAACCUUCACUUCUUCUUCAUCUAGAUUACUGAAUAAUAUUACACUGUCAAACCCAGUAUGCGUGUUCAUAAAACAAAUAAUACAGUCACAAAUAAAUGCUUUUCUUGAUCAUGGACUGUAUACAGGUAUUUUAAUUACGUCUCUAUUAGAAAAGAUUUUAUCACAUAAUAUUGGACUCUCUGUACCUGCAGUAGCUAGCAUAAUAGAACACUUGAGUUCCAUACUGUUAAGCUUAUUUGAUCUGAACUGCAUAAAACUGAAAGCAGAUUUCAGCACAGUUAAGCAGCUUUUAUCUGUGGUAAAAUCUAUUCUGUCAACCAAACCUACAUGUGGAUUAUCAAAAGCUGACAUUCAGAAUUUGCACCUGAGCAUUGUGAAGGGAUUUCUUCAGACAACUAACGAAACAUUUGGAGAUGUUAUUGUGGAAUGCAUUGAAGCAACUGAGAUGAAGAGUGAUGUAUUUCUAGGGAUUCUUUAUCAUAUAAAUUAUGAUGACAUAUCAACAGUCUUGUAUGAGAAAUGUAACAAAAAGGGCUGCAUAUCUUUGCUGUUAUUUAACAUCAUGCUAACAGGUGAAGAGACUUCAAAGGUCUCAGAAAGUAGGAGCAUUAAAUUGGAAGACCGUAAAAGUUCUAAUUCUUUUGUGGAAGAGGCAAUGAAGCUGUUCGAACAAAUUGUAGAGCUGAAUAUUGAUGUUGUGGCUUGUCAGAAAGUGGUCCAUCCUACCAUCUGUCUUUAUCUGCAGAGGAAAGGAAUAUUGUUACUGGAUCGUAUGGGCACUGACUUAACACAUGCUGUUGAAAAGUUAUCAGGAGCAACACCCAUUUCCAGUAUUAAGCACUGUUCACAGGAUCCAGGUGGGCUGCGUUCAUUACUUGGUACUGUAGAGACACUAAAGAUGGUUGAACAUGGACAGAAGUACUAUGUAUUAUUGGAGAAGUCUGGUAGCAACAUCGCAACUCUUGUUGCUCAUGCACCAAAUGAAGAGGCUGCCAUGGAGCUGAAGGUUGUAAUCAAGCAAUCCCUGAGUGCUCUGCGCUGUUUGACGAUAUAUCCAGCUGUGGUGCCUGGUGCAGGAUGUACAGAGAUGUCCCUUGUCAUAAGACUGCAAGAUCUGGCAGUGAAUGAUUUUGACAAAUACAACUGCAGUAGGAGUCAAUUAGAAUCAUGUGUAUCAUGGCUGCAGAUAGCUCUUCUGUCAGCUGCAGGUUUCACUACAGCAGGUUCCUCUCAGUUGACAGCAGACACAGUGUUUGGCCAUGCAUGGAAGCUAAACAGAGAGGCCUGUUGUUGUGGUCUUGUUUCCGUGAAGAUGGUGCAUGAUGGAUGUGGGAGAUGGAUAGAAGUGUUUAACAAUGAUGGAAAUUUGUUACUUCAAGAUAUCACAUCUUUAUCAGCCUUGUCUUCAUUUCCUCCCAGUGUUAAAGAAGACACUGUUGUGGAUUUAUUUCAGACUAAACAUAAUGCUGUGAAAUUGUCUCUUGAGAGCUGUGUAAACCUGUUGGCUAUAGGAAUGAUUGUGUACAAAUCACCUAAUGAUUGAUGUAGUACAUGUUUUCCAAAAAUACUACUACUUAAUUCAGACCCUUUUGCAAAGUUGUGGUUCAGAAUACACCUUCACCCAUUCCAGCUUCUUGUCUUUGCUACCUGUAGCAGCUUGAACGUUUAGUAUAUAUAUAUAUAUAUAGUGGAGUUCAGAUUAAGACUUAAGCAGUUGCAGCUAUAAUGGUUUUCUGUUGAUGAGGAUCUUGGUAGAAAAUAUUGUUGGUGUCUAUACAUUGUAUGCAUAUGGAUGCAUGCUCCCAGUGCAAUAAGACAGUAUUUAGUUAGUUUUAUGAUGAAAAGAUAAACAAAUGAUCAUUGGUUUAAAAGCAUAAUUAACUUGUGACCUUUUAUGUAAAAAUAUUUUUCUUCUCUGUAUAUGAUGACACCUGUAAAAGAAUUUUGUGCAUCUGUUCUUCUACUUUGAAAAUUCUUUGACCUUUGGUUUUGAAGUUAGAGAUGGAUUACACUAGUUUAUUAUUUA